AGCCAGUCCAGUCGCCCUGGCUGGCUCACAUCCGCCGCCCUUUGUAUGCCUUGCUUGGUCGCAACUGUUCAACCGCCAUCCCCGUCUGUCGCCGUCGCAAACCUCCAUCUGCCCACAUCGUCCCAGUCGCCAGCCGUCGCCGCGACGACAACAAGUCGCCAUCGCACUCUGCUGUAAGGGCAACUCGACGCGCACGCACCACCCCACCCACCGUCACCCAUCUCGGAACAUACUCACGACGGCGGGGGCAGGAACGUCAUCGACCACCCACUCACCUCGCCUCCCCCUCCCCCCCAACGCACGCCCGGCCCCCCUUCGCCUUGCAUACCACCCAUCGGCUCACACCCACAUAUACACACAUACACACACUAGGACAAGCCACGCCGACCCUCCUCGCUCCCCCGCCGUACACGCUCCCCACCAAUCGUCCUUUCCGCUCGACGACGGGGCCUCGUUUCGAGUCUGCAGAGAGCGGCGUGGGAAGGGGAACGCACACGCGCGGCCCGUCGAGUCCACCGCGCUCGCACCAACCUAUCCUUCUCAAGGGCCAUCAUCCCACAUUCCAAACGCGAUAGCGCCCACUCUGUGAUCUCUGGAAGGCCGGUAUCAGUCGGCGUCUGGCGCCCAGCCUGCAUCCUGCUCGCUCGCUAGUUCGUCCCAACCCCACUUCGACGACCAACGCGCGCUUCACACAUCGCCCUACCCACUUGUAUCUCGGCCCCUCUUCGUCGUCUCCCUUGAAACUCCUGGGCCGUCCGCCACCCGCGCGCAUUGCGCACCACUUCGGCCUCCAUCGUUCCCCACCUCCCUACCUGGACACUUUGCCUGCCCCCAUCGGUUGUCCUCACGGAACUCACGAAUGACCAGACAUGUCGGGCAGGCUACCGCCUACGCUGACCGUGUCGACCGGGGUGGCAGGCCCGGCGACACCAGUCGGCUCUGUCCGUAACCGCCCGCAAGGUGCCCGACGGAGAGCUGUCCAAGGCCUCUUCAUUGCAAACCCAGACAACUCGGACAGCGACGACUCUCGGCCCUCGUCGCCAGUGCAACACUCACCCCAACGAUCCCCUGCCCACAUCUCACCAAGCCACUCUUCUCCCAUCAACAUUUCGUCGGCCGUGCCAUCUGGUGUGACCCGCGCCCCAAGCGGUAGCGGCAGCAGCAGUACUGGAACAUUGUCGGGUCACCCCCUGUCAAGUUCCCCUAAUGCCCAACAGCGAACCUUUCCAGUCCCCUUGCCUGUCGUCCCGCCGCUGAGCUCGUCUCCCCAGCCGCCCCCAGCGCCAUUUGCGUCGCCCCCUUUAGCCGGCUCUGACGCGCGCUCUGGUCCCCCACAACCGCCCCCUCAACCUGAGCGACACCGGCGCGCAUACACGACUCCGACCUCUGAGCACUCGCGCGUACAGUUCGAUGGUAGCAGGUCUUCGCGGGACGCACCGUCAUCUCCCACUCGUGCCCUCCCUCCUCUUCCUCCUCAGAAGUCGGCCUCGACCCCCUGGGCAUCGUCUUCCACAACGCCCUCGUCAAAUCUCAACAUCCCUUACUCUGGCGUUUCUGCUCCUAUCCAACAACCAUCAACACCAGCUCCAUUGUCUGCUGUUUCAGAUUCGUCGUCGAUGAACGCGGGCAACCAGAUCCACAGAGUAGCGAGCCCAGACGACGGCACAGGCACUCUGCACGGAGGCUCACGUCUCCGAGCUGGAUCGCUCAACUCGAGAAUUUGGCUGCAGGUGACCACCGAUAAUGAGUCAUUUCAGAACGUCGACAUCUCCGGCCUCACCACGAGUGAAGCUAUUCGUGAACGCGUAUUCUCAAGGCUACGUCUCCGCGAUGAGGACCACGCCGGACUGUCAAUCUAUCGUACAGACAUUGGCGAGGCGCCCGAUCCGUCUGCAGUAGGACCAGACGCCCUCUUCCACCUUUGCCAACUGGAAGGUGAUUCGAAAGGAAGCCUCAAGUUCCUCGUUGUCCAGACAAGUGUCCCCGUGUCAACAGCGGCCCCCAUUGUUCCACCACCACAGAAUGGUGACGCCUCUCACCGUUCACGACCAGGUGUGCCUCCCAUCCUGACGGAUGUGGGAGGUCCGUACAGUUCGCCCCAGAACCGGCUUUCCAAAGACAGCAGCGCAAGCAGUGGUGAAAACAUGGAACGACAUCUCAGCUCGAGCGACCGCGAUUUUGAGGACAACGGUACAGUACGGCCACCUUGGAAUACCUCGACCAGUUCACGCUCGCCCACGGCGUCGGGCUCAACCUCUUCCAUUCCCCUCCAUCAGUCUACCGUGCUUGCCACUCCUCAUCUCGAAGCGUCGUCGUCAUCCUACAUGUCACCUAGAGACGCUGCUCACCUGGAUGACGAUGAGGGGACGUACCGCCCAGUAGCCCAGUCCUCCGCUGCCGGAUCGAGCAGCCAAGCUCAAGAUGGUGUUGGCGCCCUCAUUCGCUCGGGCAUGGAUCCUGCUACAGCUGCAUUGGUGUUCCAAAUCCAGCAAGAGGAAGAGGCACAAGUCCAGAAAGAGGCCAGGGAAAAGAUGGAGCGCAUACGUCAAGACGAAAUCAUCGCCAUGGAAGCUCAAGAGAGCGAACGCGAGGUCUGGCAAAUGAUGCAACAACUCCAGCUGGAGCAGGAGCGCCAGAGGGAGGAGCAAGUGCGGCUGGAUGCAAUUCAGGCUAGCCAGCUUGAUGCGGCAGAGCGUCGCCGCGAUAGUGAACGGCAACGCAGCGAAUCGGAAGCCGCAGGAAGAGCCGCAGAUCUGGCAGCACACGUAGCAUGGGAUGCUGAGAUUCGGGAGCGGGAUACGCGUGACCCACGGCCCAACCAGUUUGCUGUGGAGCGACGUGAGCGGCGAGAACGCUUCCGCAACCUCGACGACCCUACCGACUGGACGACUGCGACUGAAGACAACACCCUACCGCCGCGCCGUCCAUCAGAGACACAGCACGACAGGCCUGUCAUAUAUUCUCCUCCAGCACAGUACUCUGGCGACUCGUAUGUUAACCCACACCCGCCGGGUUACAUACAAGCCACCGCCAACGACCCCCGCCUGGCUGGUCAGGCGUCCAGACCAGUACCAGGAACACGGAGGCCUGCUCAGUCCUCCCAACCUCCCUACGUCUACACCAAUGUCGAUCAAAACCACCAUUUGCAGGGUGUGCGGUCAACGGACAACCUGCGGCCCAUCAACAAUGGCUCUGGCAUUGCUGGACUCCCCAUUGCUCGACCACCAUACCCCUCCGGUCGACGCCCAAUCACCCCGGCUGCAGACCCAGGGGCUCGCCGUCAGUCCAACGACCGUGUGCAUGACGGACGCUACCCAACGCCUUCAUCGACCACGUCCACCUUCAUUCCGUUCCCGUCGCCGCAACCGUCAUGGCCCGACCCGUCCUCGUCGCCGCGCUCGGGAACACUGCUGUCAACUUCGAUGCAGUCACCCCCCUUGGCCAGGCCACACAGCAGCAUGUACGAUGAAAGCCCGCCCGCGAAUGGCAGCUACCAUGAUGAGUAUCGAUCAAGCUCGGCACUAUCUGGUGGAAGAGGCCGAAGCGACUCGGACCCACACUCUGACCCUCGUCUACAUGGACAGGGCUACUUUGACUCGUCGGCCAGCCAGCUGCCAUAUGCCCAACAGCCAGUGAGCUGGCCGACACGUCGGGACACUGGUGACUCCAUCUCCAAUUCGGAAACGGCUACUACGAUCUCGGAAUCCACGACGAUCCGCCCCGGCGACAGGCAAUUGUCGCUGGACGACAACGGCACGGCUCGUGCAGACUGGACGCGGAACAUGAGCCACAUGAUCUCGCAUCCAGAGCACAGCUCCAUGAGCGCAGCCCAGAGCGUUCUCUACCAUCACGGUGCCAACAUUCCGGACGACGGCGAAGCUACCCUCUUCAUCAUGGCUCCUUCCGGAGGCGCCCGCCGGCCCGCGAAUCUCACUGUAAACACGCAUCCGCCGCAGGGAUCAUUACAGAGGCCGUCAUCAGUGUCGGACUCGGAGACCGAUGAGGAUCGACGAGAACAAUGGCAGUUCCGUCCUGACCCCGAACAGCUGUACGACAACUUGCAGCAAUUCUUCCCCAAGGUGGACCUUGACAAGCCAAUCGUUGAACCAGUAUCAACACCAAGUACUCCUUCUUCAGAAUCGCCCCGCAAUACUUUGGAUUUACAUCGACCUCCGCCAGUGCACCCCGCCCGUCACCAGCCAGGGACGAUCUUGUCAUCAUCAAGCAAAGACCCAGAGGGUACUGUCAAAGCUCACGCCCGCGGUGCCUUUGCGGCUCUGAAGGAUGCUUUCAACAAGAAUGAUACUCGUCGCUCCAUCCGUCAGGCGGCGGACAAGAAACGCUCAAUGAUCAAGGCCAACAAGGAAGCAGUUGCCGAACCAGCCGCGGUCCGGCAGGACGAGGUCACGCGCCUCAAGCGCAGCUCGAGCAUGUGGGGCCACAAGGUUGUCGAAGUCACCCCCUCCAAGCUCGCCUCGGGCUUGCCCCAGACUGUUCCCGAAUCACCGUCUACGGAGGAUCGCAAUGUCACCCUCAACUGGGUCAAGGGUGAACUCAUCGGCAAGGGUUCUUACGGGCGAGUGUACCUCGCGCUCAAUGUCACGACAGGUGACAUGAUGGCUGUCAAGCAGGUCGAGCUGCCCGCAAAUGAGCAGGAACGCAACGAUUCCCGACAAACGUCGGUUGUGGACGCCCUAAAGUCGGAGAUCGACCUGCUCAAAGACCUGUACCACCCCAACAUUGUGGCCUACCUUGGAUGCGAGGCGAGUGUGGAGCACCUGUCGAUCUUCCUCGAAUACGUUCCAGGUGGAACAAUUGCUACCAUCUACCGCACACCAAAUCAAGGCCGCUUUGAGGAGCAGCUGGUCAAGUUCUUUACGCGCCAAAUCCUUGAAGGCUUGGCGUAUCUACAUGACCAGAAUAUCUGGCACCGCGAUCUCAAGGGCGAUAACAUCUUGGUCGACGCAAACGGCAUCUGCAAGAUCUCAGACUUUGGCAUCUCGAAGAAGACCACCAAUGACGCUUACGACUCCUUUGGCAACGCCACAAACAUGAAGGGCUCCAUCUUUUGGAUGGCCCCCGAGGUCCUUCACUCGGCUACUGAACGAAGUUAUUCGGGCAAGGUCGACAUUUGGUCUCUCGGAUGUGUCGUCCUGGAAAUGUGGUCGGGUCAUCGGCCAUGGGGCGAGUUGGAGCAGGUUGCCGCCAUGGUCAAGCUGUUCCAAACCCGCACAGCACCCCCACUGCCCCCAGACAUUCAUCUCUCGUCGGUGGCCCUCGACUUCAUGUACACCAAGUGCAUGGCAGAAUUGCCAAAAGAUCGUCCAGUCGCCGUCGAGCUCCUCAAGCACGAGUUCAUCCUCGACACGGAUCACAACUGGACUUUUGGCAACAGUACGAUCGGCAAGGCCGUUGCCAAGCGCCAGCCCAAGACGACUCUGCGGAGCGCGUCUGUUCCUGGUGUGUUCUAAGCGUCGCCACCAUCCAUCCCCCUCCCUCUCAACAUCCCUUGCCUCGCCUCAAGUGGGGCCUGUUGUCUUACCCACGGUCCCAUGCACCUUACCGUCCUCACUUCGCACUAUACCAACCCUCAUCCGUUCCGCCUGCAUAUGGGCGAUGAUGUGAAAAUCUCUGGCAUGUAUCUGGUGCUCUUGUUAC